AUGGCUCCCGCAGUUACGGAAACGACUGAGUCUACCAUUCCCAUCAGGGAGCAUGUUACGGCAAAGGGUCUCAAGCAGGCACCACUCAAAUACAGUGGUGCCCUCGAUGUCUAUGAGUACUUUGACCUGACGCCAACUAUUGGCCGAGAGUUUCCCACCGCCAGUAUAACAGAGAUCUUGCGUGCUCCUAAUUCGGAUGACCUUCUUCGGGAUCUUGCCUAUACCAUAUCCUCCCGCGGCGUGGUAUUUUUCAGAAAGCAAGAUGACGUUACCGACGAAGUACAAAAAGAGUUCAAUCAACGACUGGGCGAACUCGCCGGAAAGCCCAAAACAUCCGGUCUACACAUCCACCCCGUCAUCAAUUCUGGCCGUGAAAACGGUGCGAAGGAUGACGAAAUCAGCGUUAUCAGCUCUAUAGAACGUGAGAAGCUUUUGGAUUACCGCAAUGCGCGUGCCCAGAGCGCUAGAAUUGAAUGGCAUAGCGAUAUCACUUUUGAACCUAUUCCUAGUGAUUAUACCAGUCUAAGAUUGAUAACACUUCCAAAGACGGGCGGUGAUACUUUGUGGGCCUCUGGCUACGAGGUGUACGAUCGUAUUUCUCCUCCAUACCAGAAAUUCCUCGAGAGCCUCACCGCCACUUAUGCACAACCCAGAUUCGAGGAAAUCGCGAAGGAAAAGAACUUCGAGCUUCAUCCCGGACCCCGUGGCGCACCCGAGAACGUUGGUAACAUCCUUAAGGCUAUCCAUCCUGUUAUUCGUACAAAUCCAGUCACGGGAUGGAAAAGUGUCUUUGCAGUGGGGACUCACGUUCAGAAAGUGAAUGGCGUGUCCAAGGAAGAAAGCGCCCAUCUUCUUAAGUGGUUUAUUGAUCUGAUUGUUGAAAACCAUGACCUGCAAGUGCGGUUCCGCUGGCAGAAUCCUAAUGAUCUUGCCAUCUGGGAUAACAGAUCAGUGUACCAUGCCGCGACGUGGGAUCUCGAGGGCCAGGGACCUCGAGCUGGUCACCGCGUCGUCAGUCUUGGUGAGAGGCCUUAUUUCGAUCCUGAGAGUACAGGAAGACGCGAAGCAUUGUUUGGAAGUGAAUAA